CUUACACUCCGUACUAUGCGCCGCGUCGAGUCAUCGAUCUUGCCCCGCCACUCCUGAUAACGGAAUAGUCAAUUAGAUGCACAACAGGAGCAACUUCAAAAAUUCCCCCCUCCUCACUCUCUAACGCGUCGCCAGCGCCAACCAUGGCAGUCAAGAAUCUCCCUUUCGACCUCUCGAAAUGCGCGAGACCCAAUAUUCUUCAAUUGCAGCCGUAUCGUUGCGCCAGAGAUGACUACAAAGACGAUGGGACGAAUAUCUUGCUAGAUGCGAAUGAAAACGCCUAUGGUCCAGGCCUCGUCUUAACUCCUGAUGGAAGGAUACAGGAGGGAUGGUCGGAGAAAUCGGUGACAAAUAGCGAGAAUGCAUCUUCUCCAGAUAUCGACUUCUUGGGCUUGAACCGAUAUCCAGAUCCUCAUCAAAUCGAACUCAAGCAGCUCCUUUGCAAUCUACGAAACACACACGUUCAUACUCAAAAGACAUUGACGCCAGACAGGCUUUUCGUCGGCGUUGGCUCAGAUGAAGUUAUCGAUGCCCUUCUCCGCUGUUUCUGCAAACCAGGUCAUGACCAGAUCCUCACCUGCCCCCCCACAUACGGCAUGUAUUCAGUCAGUGCGCAAGUAAACGACAUCAGCAUCGUCAAAGUCCCCCUUGACACAGCCAACAAUUUUUAUCUCCGCCCCGACGCCAUCAACGAAGUGCUAUCCUCGACUUCUUCCAUAAAAUUAGUCUACAUCUGCUCCCCCGGCAAUCCCACGGCAAGUCUAAUUCGCAAAGACGAUAUCCAGAAGGUCCUCGAACACCCGACAUGGAAUGGCGUGGUGGUGGUUGACGAAGCCUACAUCGACUUUGCGCCUGAGGGCUCAAGUCUCGCAGAGUGGGUGAUGGAGUGGCCAAACCUGGUUGUAAUGCAGACGUUAAGCAAAGCAUUCGGACUUGCGGGCAUCAGACUGGGUGUGGGGUUUACGAGCCCUGAAAUCGCGAGGUUGCUGAAUAGUUUGAAGGCCCCGUAUAACAUCUCCAGCCCUACCAGUGCGUUGGCAAAGGCUGCGCUAACACCGAAGAAUCUUGCGCUCAUGAAUAAGAACAAGGAGAAGAUACUGGUACAGCGGGAACGGAUACUUGCGGAGCUGCCUAAAGUUCCUGGAAUUGGAAAGUUUCUGGGCGGCGCGGAGUCGAAUUUCCUGCUCGUUGAGGUUCUUGACAUGCCAGCGGAACAGGGAGGGAAACCUUGCAAUGAUGUAGCGAUAGCAGUGUACAAGGCUCUUGCGGAGGCGAAAGGCGUUGUUGUCCGGUUUCGAGGGAAUGAGUAUGGCUGUACCGGAUGUCUAAGGAUCACUGUUGGGACGGAAGCAGAGGUAUCGAAAUUUUUGCGGGAGAUCCAGGCAGUUCUGUCUAAUAUUUACACCUCCAACGGGUUAAAAAUGAAAUAGGGGUUUUACUAUAGAUAUAGACUUUUUGCUAGCUAUCCAUAGUUCUUUUCCAUCUAUAAAUAAGCGAUGGGUGGUUGCAAUCAAAGGGCGUUUUAGUCCAAACGUUCAGUCCAAUAAACUCCUAGAUCCUUCGCACAUCAAAUCUAGUUCCAAAGAAAGGAUGGUCUUGCGGACAGACGGGAAUAGACGGUGUAAGCCACAAGAGUUUGUAAGAAAGAUAGGUAAACCUAUCCGCUGAAUAUAACGAUGGUGACACCAACACCACAUGUGAAAGUUACAUCUCAAAACAAGCCAAAGAGAUCCCAAUCCGGGGUAUAUUUGCCACAUCCUGAGAACUCCAAGAAAAUUAAAAAUAACCAGGGACUCAAAAAAAAAAAAAAAAAAGAAAAGA